UCAAGCGCUGUACCCGACCCAGCGCCGGACCGCCAUCUUACCGAGCCCUGACCCGGGCCGGACCAGCUGCCAGCUCAGUGCGCAAGUGCGGCGGCGGGAGGCGGGGUUUGGGCACAGUGUUCACCUGACAGAGAUAUGAUAAAGUAAAACAAACUUUCCCAGUGCCAGAACUGUGAACUCGAGCCUUGAAUAAAAUCAUCCCAGUGGAAAACUGUGAACUCCAGGUCUGAAAUAAAAUCACCCCAGUGUCAGAGUGUGAACUCCAGACCUGAAUAAAAUUACCCCACUGCCAGACUGUGAACUCCAGCCUUGGAUAAAAUCAUCCCAGUGGAAAACUGUGAACUCCAGACUUGAAUAAAAUCACCCCAGUGUCAGUGUGAACUGCAGACCUGAAUAAAAUCACCCCAGCACCAGACUGUGAACUUCAGAUCUGAAUGAAAUCGUCCAUGUGGCAGACUGUGAACUCCAGACCUGAAUAAAAAUACCCCAGUGCCAGAGUGUGGACUCCUACCUGAAUAAAACCAACCAGAGCCAUCCCUCCAUUGAAUUUCCAAAGUGUAUAAAAUCACCCAAUCGGAACUUCCAGUCAGCAUAAACCAGCCCAGUUGUGGUCUAUUUAAAACAAAAACUGUAUACAUUUGUGCGGAACAUCCAUCAGCCAGAGCUGUGUGUGCUUUUCUGGGACCAUGAGGCUGCGGCGGAAAGGCGAUCUUCUCUGUACGUUCCUCCUGCUAACAACAUUUUGUAUUUUGCUCUACAUCCAAAUGCGCUCGGACACCCCGUGGCUGGAUAAACCCGAGCAACAACAGCAACCCGGAACCAAAAGGUACGCCCUGCUGGGAAGCACCAAGGCAGCAACUCCGCUGGCGUUGACCAGCAGCUCGCCAGGGUCAGAGAGAGUCUGUCAGCCAGGCCAACAGCUAGAGACUGCUCAGGAGCAAAGGCUAACAUCACCGCCCUCCAACCUUUUACCCUGGAACUACCGCCAGUACCUCUGGCAAAAGGAUUGCCGGGAGUUCCAGCAGAUCAUUAACCAGGAGAACAAGUGCCGGAAGGUGCGAGGGGAACAGCUGCUACUGAUCUCUAUCAAGUCCAGGGUGGAGGAGUUUGAGAGGCGCGAAGUCGCUCGGAAAACCUGGGCACGGGAGGGCGAUGUCCGCCACCUGCAGGUCCGCAGGCUCUUCCUGCUGGGAAUCCCAGCCAACCAGAGCUCCCUAGCUUCCUGGAGCCGCCUGCUGGAGCAGGAGAGCCAGACCUACCAGGACAUUCUCCUGUGGGAUUUCCAGGACACCUUCUUCAACCUCACGCUGAAGGAGAUCCACUUUCUCAAGUGGCUGGAUCAGUUCUGCACCUCUGCGGAGUUCGUCUUCAAAGGGGACGACGAUGUCUUCGUCAACGUGGAGAACAUCGCGGAUUUCUUAGCGGACGCCGACCCCAAGGAUGACCUGUUCGUGGGCCACAUCAUCUACCAGGCGCUGCCCAUCAGAUCCAACAAGAGUAAAUACUUUAUCCCGGAGAUGAUGUACGGCCCAGGGGUUUACCCAGUCUACGCGGGAGGUGGGGGCUUCCUCAUGUCGGUACACACCGCUAGGAGGCUGUACCAAGCCAGCAAGGAGGUAGAUCUCUUCCCCAUCGACGAUGUCUUUCUGGGGAUGUGCUUGCUGCGGAUCGGCCUCGAACCCCUGACUCAUGAAGGAUUCCGAACAUUCGGCAUCGUCCGGCCCUCAGCCGCACCCCACAUGCAGACGUUUGACCCGUGCUUCUACAAGGAGCUGAUGGUGGUCCAUAGCCUGAAGGUGCCUGAAAUCUGGCUGAUGUGGAGCCUCCUCCACGACCCGAAGCUGGACUGCGGUCGCAAGGGCUCCAUGAAGCGUCCCUUCAGGUGGCGAGUCAAGCGGAAGUCCCCGUCCCCCUCUGUCAGGACAUUAAAACACUGACAGAGGACAGAAAGGGAAGCUCUCUCCCGUUACUUGGAGACAUGCCCUCAGUUAUUACCCUUGGAAAUUUGUACUUUGAAUGUUUUAUAAAUAUUUCUUUUUUUUAAUAUUAUUAUUUAAAGUCACUCAUGGCAACAGAUACGUGCACCUCCAAAGCACAUUAGUGUAAAUAUCAAACACAACAGAUGGGUUAGUCUAAAUCCACACACAGCCAUUUCUUCCUGACCACCAUCAAUGGUUUCACUCAGACCUAUCGUUUAGCGUCUUAGAGACUGAAUCUUUCCGGCGUCCCAAAGCCAGGAACAGUAGGGAGGUGCUGAACAUACUGACCCUGGCCAGUACUGGGAUGAUGUAGCUGGCAUCAGCCAUUCUUGGGAUGGUGAGGUCCUGCAGACCCCAGCCCUGUCCAAACAAAAACAAAACAAGCCAGUUCCUGCUGGCUGCUUACAAAGUGAAAAUUUAACCCAUCGAUGCACACAGGAGGCUAUAUUGCCCAUCCGAUCCUUACUAGCUGCCAACAGAACAAUUCAGUCAUUCCUAUUCCCCGACAAACGCCAUUGCCCAGAAUUUGCCAAAAGUGUCCAUCCAAUUUCAUUUUGAAACUAUUCAUCCUAACUGUUAGGGGUUUGAAGUUAAUCUGCACCAUCCUUCCAGGUGGUGAAUUCCAGGUCAUUAUCACUCAUUGCUUUGAAAAAGGUUUCUUCUUUAUAUUAUCCUCACAUCUCUUUCCCAAAGUAUUUAAAUCCGUCUCCUCAUCCUUUGGCAUCAACAAAUACUGAGUCAGUGAACCUUCUGUCAAGUCUAUUUCUUGCCUCGUGGUUCUGGUUUCUUUCUCCUUUUGCAAAUGUUUAAUGGGAACACUUUUUCUUUGACUAUCUCAUCUCAAUCCUGUAGGUCAUUAUUAGAUCCCACUCAGCUUCCUUUGAGUCAAAGAGACCAACCCAAGUUUCUCCUGUAGCUAAAAUUUCUUAUCCCUGGAACUUUCUGGUGAAUCUGCCUUUGAACUCAAGACCUCAUAAUCCCAUUUGCUGUUCUAACUUAUUUUUAAUAUGUGCUGGCUCCUUCAGAGAUCCAUGCACAUGAACCUUUGUUUUUGUAUUCUGUUUUGAUUUGUCCCUCAGUCUAACCCCAGUGCCAAAUGCAUCAUUUCACACUUCUCUAUACUAAAUACCAUCUGUGCCACUUAUCUGCCCAUUCUGUUCACCUAUUCAUAUCUUGGUAGUCAGUAGGUAUCAUCCUCACAGAUUUGCCACAUUGCCAACAUUGAAAUCAUUGGCAAAUUUUGAAAUUUUACUUUGUAUCCUGAAAUUCAAGUCAUUUAUUUAUCAGAGAAAACAGUGCUUCAAGUAUUUAAGCUAACCAUUGCCUACCAUCCUCUAGCCUGAAAGGGAUUUAACACAACUUGCUACAUUCUGUUAUCAAGGUUAUUAUUUUAUCCAAGCUGACACUGGCCUAUUUCAUGAGUUUCAGUUUGGUUAACCAAUCUUCUUAUGUUGAACUUUGUCAAAUGUUUUCUUAAAAUCCAUAGAGACAGCAUGCAUUGCAUUCACUUCAUCAAUUUUUUCAGUUACUUCGCUAACAUAACUAGCAAACAAUCCUGAGUGUGCUAACACCUGCACUAACAGCUUGUUUAAGGAAAUCAGUCAAGUUGGUAAUGUUUUCUAGGAGUGAUAUAUGUUCAUCUACUAGGUCCUGCUCUUUGUAGACAAAAGGAAAAUGUUCAAACCUUGCUCAUUCUCUGAAUUAUCUGUGAACUGGGUAGCCAAUUGUUCUCUUUUGCAUGGGCAUGCUUUUCUCCGAUAGUACAAAUUGCUGUCAUUGUUUGAAAUUUGGCAUUCUUGAGUUUGUCAUUAUGAGUGCAUGGCAAAAAGCUUUGGCAAUAAGAUUAUCGUUCUUACUACUCAUCACUGAUGUUAAACUGACUGGCUUGUACCAGGAAUGUCUUGACACUCUUAAAAACAAGGAUGUCACAUUUGCUUCUUUCCAAUCCUCUAGCACCUCCGUCUUUCUCAGGAAAAUCGGAAGUUUAUGGUGAGCACUGUUUGAGCAUUCUAGCCUAAGCCUGUGCCUCUAAGCGUAUAUCAUCUAGUCUGUUUUUUGUUUGCAAGAAUUCUCUGAUAUUUUGUAAAUCAGAGUAAUUUAGCAGUAUGAAUUGCAAAAAUACAUUCCCUACAGUUUUGACAAGACUACAACAGGUCUCACUUUUAGCAAUCCAGAGACAUGCAGCAUCCAGGAGUUUCUGAUGUGAGGAAUAGGUCUGCGAGUGGAAUAAAAAUCCCGAACCCCAGCUCCCCUCCUCUCUCCCCUCUCCAUCUGCCUCACAUUCUGUCUUGUCCCCUCCCCUCCCCCACUGCCUCUCCCUCCAUCAAUACCAGCCAUAACUCACUUGGCAGCAUUGUCACCUCUGAAUCACAAGAUUCCAGAUUUAAAUCCCACCCCAGUACAUAAAUCAGGCCUGAUACAUUUGUUGUGUGAUGUACUGUUGGAAGAGCUCUCUUUUUGGAUGAGAUGUUCAAACCAAGGUCCUAACUACCUACUUGGGUAGACCAAGAAGAGCCCACAUCACCGUUCUGAAAAAGAGCAGGGGAACUAUCGCUGGGGUCCACAUCAUUGUUUCUCCCUUACUCAACAUCAUUGAAGCAGAUUAUCUAGUCACUGUCAUGUUCCUGUUUUGGUUAUCACAUUUCUUCCAUUACAACAGUGACCAUACUGCAUUGGCUAUAAAGCACUUCAACACUCGGUCAUCAAAAGCACUACAUAAAUGCAAUUUUAUUUCAAAUUUUCUAUCCGUACUAAUGUGACAGGAUAGUUAAUGGAGUCACCCCAUGCUAGGGCCUAGCCAGUAUAAAUAUUAAGAGACUUUAAACUGCUCUAGGCAGUCCCAUUGUUGUAAAAAUACAUUCUCGAAAUAACUGAAUUUUUAUACUUUGUCUCCCCUCA